GGCCACCACCCUUCCGAGAGAGAGAGAGAGAGAGAGAUUUACGUUCCCGUUUUACUCGUGCCCUGCAAUUCGCCUUCCUGUCCCGUCCACCUCUCCCCUCUUCUGGUGUCCACCCAUCUAAGAGAAAGGCGAGAAGGUCACAGCCUGGGGGGCGAGAAAUGAGCGUGAAGGUACCGGCGACGAGGACCCGCGUGGGGAGGUACGAGCUUGGCAAGACGAUCGGGGAAGGCAGCUUUGCCAAGGUCAAGUUCGCCAAGCACCUCGACUCCGGCGACUCCUUCGCCAUCAAGAUCAUCGACCGCCAUCACGUCCUCCGUCAUAAGAUGGUCGAGCAGAUAAAGAGAGAAAUAUCAACCAUGAAGCUGAUCAAGCAUCCAAACGUUAUCAAAAUUUUCGAGGUCAUAGCCAGCAAAACAAAGAUCUACAUUGUUCUUGAGUUUGUUGAUGGUGGCGAGCUCUUUGACGAAAUAGCAAAACAUGGAAGGCUAAGAGAGGAUGAUGCCAGGCGCUAUUUUCAGCAACUCAUUGAUGCUGUGGACUACUGUCAUAGCAGGGGUGUUUACCAUAGAGAUUUGAAGCCUGAAAAUCUGCUUCUAGACACCUAUGGAGUUCUUAAAGUUUCGGAUUUUGGAUUGAGUACUUUCUCAAAGAAAGUGAGGGAGGAUGGGCUGCUUCAUACUGCCUGUGGAACCCCGAAUUAUGUAGCUCCCGAGGUCUUGACUGAUAACGGAUAUGAUGGUACAUCAUCCGAUAUUUGGUCUUGUGGGGUAAUUCUUUUUGUAUUAAUGGCUGGAUACUUGCCAUUUGAUGAAGCCAAUCUCAUUGCUUUAUACAGAAAGAUCUGCAACGCUGAUUUCGCAUGUCCUUCAUGGUUCUCAUCUGGUGCAAAGAAUCUUAUUAAACGUAUUCUUGAUCCAAGUCCUCUCACGUUGAACCUGUUUCAGCGAAUAACAAUUCCUGAAAUCCGGGAAGAUGAAUGGUUCAAGAAGGGUUACAGGCCACCUCGCUUUGAGCAGGAAGAGGAGGUAAAUCUUGACGACAUUGAUGCUGCUUUCAAUGAUUCACAGGAACAUCUUGUAACAGAGAGGAAAGAGAGACCUGAAUCCAUGAAUGCAUUUGAGCUUAUUUCUAGGUCACAAAGCUUCAAUCUCGAAAGUUUAUUUGAGAAGCAGAUGGACCUUGUGAAGCGAGAAACCCGAUUUGCUUCUCAGCACCCUGCAAACGAAAUCAUGUCUAAAAUUGAGGAAACUGCAAAGCCUUUGGGCUUUAAUGUUCAUAAAAGAAACUACAAGAUGAAACUGCGGGGUGAUAAAACUGGAAGAAAAGGCCACCUGUCCGUGGCUACAGAGGUCUUUGAGGUGGCUCCUUCACUCCACAUGGUUGAGCUUCGUAAAAUUGGUGGUGACACAUUGGAGUUUCAUAAGUUCUAUAAGAGCUUCUCGUCGGGUUUGAAGGAUAUAGUUUGGCAAUCUGACGAAACUGCUGAUUUAAGUUUCUAGGAUAAGGAAACGUGCAAUUGAUGCCGUCAUGGAGGGCUUCUACUUAUACCUUAGGAUUUCCAAUGACUGUUGAUCAUAACAAAUUAUUUGACUCUAUGAUCCAACUGCCAGCUUUUAUUGCAUUGUGAAUAGGUGGAUGAAUAGCAAAUCGUGGUAUUUUCUCUCCUGUUGGGAGACAGGUUGCUACGAAGCUAACGGCAGUGGUUAAAGACGCUUUGGAACCAACAUAUUUAAGGGCACUGCCUGGUUCUUUUUAAUUGUCAGAGCAAAUGAAUUUUUUUUCCUGA